AGGGGCUGCCCAGUCCUCGCGAGGCUUCGUUCUCGCGGUGGAGGCGGGCGGGCGGGCGGCCGGUGGGGAUGCGCUCGGAAGAGGGGGCCGGAGGCCUGGGUGAAGCCCUUCCUGCGCGGGCUCCCAGCUGGAGGGAGAAACUGUCGGGCCCGGAGGCGCCGUUCCGCCGCGAGUCGCCGCGGAGGGAGUCCGCGGUGGCGCCGGCCCCGGCCUUCAGCGAGAGCGGGGCGGGCAAGCCUCGCGAGGAGAAGAGGACGGCCCUGAGCAAGGUGGUCCUCCGGCGUCUGCCCCCCGGCCUCACCAAAGAGCAGCUGGAAGAGCAACUGCGCCCCCUGCCUGCGCACGAUUACUUCGAGGUGGUGGCUGCGGACCUCAGUCUCUAUCCUCAUCUCUACUCAAGAGCAUACAUUAAUUUUCGGAACCCUGAUGACAUCCUUCUGUUCAGAGAUCGUUUUGAUGGAUAUAUCUUCAUUGGCAAUAAAGGCCUGGAGUAUCCUGCAGUGGUGGAGUUUGCUCCCUUCCAGAAGAUUGCCAAAAAGAAGCUGAAGAAGAAAGACGCCAAGACUGGAAGCAUUGAAGAUGAUCCAGAAUAUAAACAGUUUCUGGAAACAUACAGUUUGGAGGAAGAAAAAACCGGUGCUAGUCCUGAGACACUCCUGGGAGAGAUCGAAGUGAGGACAAGAGAACUCCUCGCCAGAAGAACCACACCUCUUUUGGAAUAUAUUAAAAAUAGAAAACUAGAAAAGCAGAGACUUCGAGAAGAAAAGCGCGAAGAGCGGAGGAGGAGGGAGCUGGAGAAGAAGCGUUUACGGGAAGAGGAGAAAAGGAGAAGGAGAGAGGAGGAGAGAUGUAAAAGGAAAGAGGCAGAUAAGCAGAAGAGAACCGAGAAGGAGGUGAAGAUUAAGCUUCUUAAAAAGCUGGAAACAGGAGAAGAAGCAACCACAGAGAAACCCAAAGAAAGAGGUGACUCAGUUGGUCCUGGAGACGAGAAGCAGGAAGCCCGGCCAGUGGAAGGCCUGCCGGAGACGCCUGGGGAGAGGUUUUGACAGCUGCCGAACAUCAUCAGAGUUAAGAAGAGAGACUAUCCAUGUGAUAUGUGGCCAACCAGGCAUUUGAACCAACAAAUCGUUUUUUCCUGUCACAGGUUCAAAGAAUAAUCCAAAGCCUUUUUUCUAAUCAAAUGCUUUGUGUAUUUUCCCUAAAGAUCAGAGACAAGCAGACACUAGAUUGUGACAAGCCAACACUUUUCCCACCUGCUCCUUAAAAACGGUAACAACAACCCAAACUCUGGCUUUUAAAAGCCAUACUCCUGUGCGCAUUCACAGGGCUAUUCUUUUUUUUGUGUUUGUUUGUUUGUUUUUGUUUUUGUUUUUCGAAACAGGGUUUCUCUGUGUAGCUUUGGAGCCUGUCCUGGAACUGACUCUGUAGACCAGGCUGGCCUCAAACUCACAGAGAUCCACCUGCCUCUGCCUCCCCAGUGCUGGGGUUAAAGGCGUGUGCCACCACCACCCAGCCACAGGGCUAUUCUUAUCCUUAAGGUAAAGCUGCAUUCUCUCGGAGACAACUCUGUUCCCUAAAACAUCCUUCACUGUGUAAAUGAAGUGAUGGUGUCUUCAAGUCAUGAAGCUCUACUGUCCCUAAUAGUGGGCUUUUGAAAACACUGCUGUUCCCUUCAAAUGUGAUCUCACUGGGUGCCUCUUAGGCACUGAGCACACCGUCUCUGAUGUCACAGAGCCACACUUACAAAUAAAAAGGACACGAGGGCUGAG